UUCAGCUGUGUCGAGUGUCACUGCUGUCCAGAGAAGAGCGAACACUCAGUCUAUGAGCUUCCUACAGCUACAUAUCCCUGGAAUGGCUUCCCCCACAAAUAUCCUGGUGGAGGAGCAGGUCCACUGCUCCAUCUGCCUGGACGUGUUCACCAACCCGGUGUCCAUCCCCUGUGGACACAACUUCUGCAUGUCCUGCAUCAGCAACUACUGGAAGUCCAGUGCGCUGUUCAUGUGCCCCAUGUGCAAGAAGACCUUCUUCAAGCAGCCGGACAUCAGCAUCAACACCGUGCUGCGCGAGAUCGCCGAGCAGUUCAAGGAAAUGAGGGGUAAACCCAUUCUGAAGCCAAAGCCCACCUACAGCCAUCUCCAGAACCCGCACCAGAACCCGCACCAGAACCCGAACCCGCACCAGCAGCUCCCCGAGCCUGGGAAACCUCCUGAAGCCCUCCCUGAAGCUGAAGAGAUCCCAGAGCUGAUCCCACCAACCGGGCCCUGGACCCAGGAAGUGUCAUGUGACGUCUGCACCGGACCCCAGCGGCGAGCUGUGAAGGCGUGUCUGGUGUGCCUGACGUCGUACUGUGAGGAGCACCUGAAGACCCACACGGCCCGGUUCACCAAACACAAGCUGAUCGAGCCGGUCCAGAACCUGGAGGACCGGAUGUGCAAGAAGCACGAGAGGCUGCUGGAGCUGUUCUGUAAGAAAGACCAGAUCAUGGUAUGUGUUCUCUGCACUGAGAUGGACCACCGGGCUCACUACACCGUACCUGUGGAGCGAGAAUGGACCGAGAAGAAGGUUCAGCUGAGAAAAACAGAAUCGGAGGUCCAGCAGAUGAUCCAGGAACGUCUGAAGAAAGUAGAGGACAUCAAACACUGUGUGGAACUGAAUAAAAGCAGUGCUCAGAGGGAGGUGGAGGACAGCGUGCAGGUGUUCUCAGAUCUGGUGCGGGUGGUGCAGAAGGUCCAGGCUGAGCUGGUUCUGGCUAUAGAGGAGAAGCAGAGGAGGACGGAGCGCUGGGCCGAGAGUCUGAUCCAGGAGCUGGAGCAGGAGAUCUCCCUGCUGAAGACCAGGAACAGUGAGCUGGAUCAUCUCGCCCACACUGAGGACCACAUCCACUUCCUGCAGAACUUCCCGUCUUUAAUGACCCAUCCCCAAACUAAAGACUGGUCUGAGACCCGUGUCCACACAGAUCAGUGCGUGGGCACCAUCAGAAGAGCCGUGUCCAGACUGGAGGAGACCCUGACGGAGGAGAUCGAGAAACUGGCAGACAUUGAGCUGAAGAGAGUUCAGAAGUACUCAGUGGACGUAACCCUGGACCCCGACACCGCCAACCCCUGGCUGCAGCUGUCGGAGGACAGGCGUCAGGUGCGUCACCUGGGGGCGUGGCAGGACCUCCCGGACACGCCCGAGCGCUUCGACACGGUGGUCAUCACCCUGGCUCGGGAGGGCUUCACCGCGGGUCGGCAUUACUGGGAGGUACAGGUCGGAGAAAAGGACGACUGGUACCUGGGCGUGGCCCGAGCGUCUGUCAACAGGAAGGGGCGGAUCGCCGUCAGCACGUCUCAAGGCUAUUGGGCGCUGGCUAUGAAGAAGGGGCAGGGGUACCGGGUCUCCACCUACCCGCCCCUCCUCCUGUCCGUCGAGCCCAGGCUGAGGAGGGUGGGCGUGUACGUGGACUUCGAGGAAGGACAGUUGUCGUUUUACGACGUGGCGACGAAAAAUCACAUUUACACCUUCAUGGACUCGUUUGGAGAAAAGGUUCACCCGUUCUUCUACCUGUACUGCUGCGACAAGGCCUCGGACACGCUGAGCAUCUGCCCGGUGGUGGAGAACGCGCACAGCAAACUGUGCUGAGAACGAGAACAUCUGUGGAACAUCUGUGGAACUGAUUCUGAUUCUGAUUUUGAUCCACCUGUGUCCAAAACAUCAGCUGCUUUGAAUGUGUUUACCCUGGAGGUCUUAGUUACAGUAGCAGUAAGUGUGUGAAACAACCUCCACCAUGUUUGGAAGCUGUACUUUAGUGUGCUUCACUUUACUGUGAGUUGCUUGAAAAGAGGGCUAUAGUAGUACGCCACCUAGAGGAGAUUCAAAGGGUUCUUCGUCAAGGGUUCUUUGCUAAAGUCAACUCAACUCAAGGUUAAUAGGUGGAAAAUCUUUUCGUUAGGUGGUUCUACCAUUUCUACCACAGACCACUGACAUUGUGUCGUCAUUUUGUAGUCCCCGCCAUGUUGUUUAUGCCCAUAUUUGGGGUUCAGUGUCUAAGAGGUUCAGGUCAAUGGAAAAUUUAAAUGGGCUUUUCCAAAACGGGGCGUGGGCGUGGGCGGUGGAGCGGGGUGUGGGACAGGACGUGAAAUACGGACAUGUCCCGGGAAAUAUGGACGUUUGGUCACCCUACUUAAACAAUCUCGUAAUUCAGAGGAUCCAGUGAUAUUUAGGAGGUAAAUGUACACAGAAUAAAAUGUACAGGGUUCUGAACAUAUUUAUUAUACUACAGUGUGUGAAAAGCACAGUUUUAAAAAGCACAUUCAUUUUCCUCAUAGGAAAAAAACGCUUAGACACAGAAGCCAUACGGAUUACAGGAUUACAGAAUGACACACGACUUCAGUGGACUAUUGUUAAAGAAUGCGUUUUAAAUACUGUAUCUGACCUGUUUUUGCGUAAUAAGAGUAUUCAGUGCUGAUUAGUCUGCAGUUUGGGCCUGUUUCUGUUUUUCUAUUUUAAAUACAGGCCUCAGUAUUCUAUUCUAUUUUAUAUUAGUCUGAAGAAUUAAUUUUUUAACCAUAUGAGUCUGAUUGUGUGUUUUAUUGUAAUCUUUGCUCUGAUACAAUGUUGUGAGUGUUAUGAACAUAGACUUCAUAUAUGCAGACGCCACAUGGCUAUAUACAGCUAUACAGCACCUAUAAUAAUCACAACUACACCAAUUUUUACCAGAUUUUCAUACGGUUUGAUUUGUUACAAACAGUAGAGAUGUAGUAAUGAUACAGGACGCUGUCACGCAUUACAAAUACCUGCUUUAAUGCUGAAAUACUUUAUAUUAUGCUCUUUAACAAAGAAAGACAUAUGGUAUGGCACAUUAAUACGUAUAUAAAUUAAUUAUAUAUGUAUGUACAUACACAUAUAUACAUAAAUACACACUAUAAAUAUAUUAUACACACACAGUAAAAUGAACUGCGUUUAUAUAUAUAUAUAUAUAUAUAUAUAUAUAUAUAUAUAUAUAUAUAUACAAAAAAUAUG